AUGCGCAGGCCAGCCAAUGGCCAGGCGUUCGUCAUCCUGCCAAUUCUGCACAGUCGCCGAGGGAUCAGGGAUAUUCUAGCGUCUGAUUCCCAUGAUCCUGGCGGCGUCCUGGAUAUCCUGGAUUCGCUUGCAAAACGUCGAUUCGCGAUGUCUGUGACUCGAAGCGGACGAACUCCUUCGCCCGGUGGAGGAGGAUGGGCAAGGCCGUGGUUGAGGAUCUGUACGGAGUACGCACAGCAGGAUGUCGUCGGACACACAGGACGGAGCGCAGAUGCCACUGGCCAGCACUGUCUUGGACGGCACUACGCUGCCCAAGUCGACCUAUCCCGCGCGGGCUGCUCACUGCUCGCUCAUCAUACUCGAGGGGCCUGGAGCCUGCUACGACGUCGACGUGCACUCACAAUACAGUACCUACUGUAUCGUACAGCGUAUUGCCAUGCUGAUACUGCUGAUGCUCCUGCUGCCGCCGCUGCCGCCGCCGCUGCUUUUCGCGCUCGCUUGAGUUCCGGGGCCCCAGACGUGCCCAGCUGCCCAGCGCCAGCGAUCGCCCGUUGA